AGUCCCGAUCCCAGUCCCGAUCCCACUACCCACCCUGAGCCUCGCACGGCCCUUCCCGCACGGACACCGCAGGAUCAUGGAUUUCCCGGGGCACUUUGAACAGGUCUUCCAGCAGCUCAACUACCAGAGGCUGCACGGGCAGCUGUGCGACUGCGUCAUCGUGGUGGGCAACAGGCACUUCAAGGCUCACCGCUCGGUGCUGGCCGCCUGCAGCACGCACUUCCGCGCGCUCUUCACCGUGGCCGAGGGCGACCAGACCAUGAACAUGAUCCAGCUGGACAGCGAGGUGGUGACGGCCGAGGCCUUCGCCGCGCUCAUCGACAUGAUGUACACCUCCACGCUGAUGCUGGGCGAGAGCAACGUGAUGGACGUGCUGCUGGCCGCCUCCCACCUGCACCUCAACUCGGUGGUGAAGGCCUGCAAGCACUACCUGACCACGCGGACGCUGCCGCUGUCGCCGCCGAGCGAGCGCGCGCAGGAGCAGAGCGCGCGGCUGCAGCGCUCCUUCAUGCUGCAGCAGCUGGGGCUCAGCAUCGUCAGCUCGGCGCUGGGCUCGGCGCAGGGCUCCGAGGAGCCGCCGGGCGCCGUGGGGCUGGCGCUGCCCCGGGGGCUGGAGCAGCGCGCCGCCUUCCCCAUCCGCCGCCUGCACAAGCGCAAGCAGAGCUCCGAGGAGCGCGCCCGCCAGCGCGUCCGGCCCGCCCUGGACGAGCCCGUGCCCGACGUGGCCGCUGAGAGCGGGCAGCCCGUCGUGCACUCCCGGGAGGAUUUCUUCUCUCCGGACUCGCUCAAGAUUGUGGACAACUCCAAGGCCGACACGGUCGCUGAUAACCAAGAGGACAACACGAUCAUGUUCGACCAGUCUUUUGGCGCUCAGGAGGACGCUCAAGUGCCCAGCCAGUCAGACAACGGCGGGGGGAACAUUUCCCAGAUGUCCUUGGCGUCCCAGGCCACGCAGGUGGAAACCAGCUUCGACCAGGAGGCUGCUGCUGAGAAGAGCAACUUCCCGUGUGAAAACCCGGAGGUCAGCCUGAACGAGAAGGAGCACAUGAGGGUGGUGGUGAAGUCUGAGCCGCUGAGCUCCCCCGAGCCUCAGGACGAGGUGAGCGAUGUCACCUCGCAGGCGGAGGGCAGCGAGUCGGUGGAGGUGGAAGGAGGAGUGGUGAGCGCAGAGAAGAUAGAGCUGAGUCCCGAGAGCAGCGACCGCAGCUUCUCGGACCCUCAGUCCAGCACUGACAGAGUGGGAGACAUCCACAUUAUGGAGGUGUCCAACAACCUGGAACACAAGUCUUCUUUCAGCAUUUCAAAUUUUUUAAAUAAAAGCAGAGGAGGUGGCUUUGGUGCCAGCCAAAACAACGACGACAACAUUCCCAACACCACGAGUGACUGCAGGAUGGACAGUGACGCCUCUUACCUGAUGAGCCCGGAGUCAGGGCCCGCCGGUGGCCACUCCUCUGCUGCCGUGUCCCACGUGGAGAACCCGUUCAGUGAGCCCACGGACUCCCACUUUGUGAGGCCCAUGCAGGAUGUGAUGGGCCUGCCGUGCGUGCAGAGCUCUGGGUACCGAGCAGCGGAGCAGUUCGGCAUGGAUUUCCCACGCUCGGGCCUGGGCUUGCACUCGCUGUCUCGGGCCAUGAUGGGCUCGGUGAGAGGCGGGGCUGGUGGCUUUCCUGGCUACCGCCGCAUUGCCCCCAAAAUGCCGGUGGUGACGUCGGUGCGGGGCUCGCAGCUGCAGGAGAGCUCGUCGGGGUCGCAGCUAAUGAUGAACGGCAGCACUUCCUUCGAGGGCGGGCACCUGUCGCAGCCGGGCCCGCCGCAGCUGACCCGGGCGUCCGCCGACGUCCUGUCCAAGUGCAAGAAGGCUCUGUCGGAGCACAACGUGCUGGUGGUGGAGGGCGCCCGCAAGUACGCCUGCAAGAUCUGCUGCAAGACCUUCCUGACGCUCACGGACUGCAAGAAGCACAUCCGUGUGCACACGGGGGAGAAGCCCUACGCCUGCCUCAAGUGCGGCAAGCGCUUCAGCCAGUCCAGCCACCUCUACAAACACUCUAAGACCACCUGCCUUAGGUGGCAGAGCAGCAACCUGCCCAGCAGCUUGCUGUGA